CAACCAAUGACAAGUGACAUAUUUGACAUUGACAGCGUUUUGGAAUUUGGCCUCUAUUCAAAGUUCAAACUCUACAAACAGUGUCCGUUGGGGAUAUUGCUGAUAAUUCUAUGGCCGAUACCCUUGCCGACCCUAACAUUAUGGAUAACGGCUACUUGGACCCGAUUUUGCAUUCCAAAGAUCUUCCAAAUCCAUCCCAAAUAUUCAACCCCAUAGGGUCGAUAUUUUCCUCUGGAUCUGGCGAAUAUAAAGCGAACCUACCUACACCGAUGGAAUCCCAGAUAAGAAAACUGAAACUUUCCUUGGAACCUUAUAGGGAACUGAUGCUACAUGCCAACAAAGUAGUUUUAUGGGAGAAACAGUGGCACUCCACUGGCAUUUUGGCAGCUACAAGUGUCGUCUUCACAAUUAUAUGGCUGCAAAAUCCAAAUAUGCUCUCCAUGGUAGCUUUUAUGGGUCUGCUGAUAACCAUUGCUGACUGUUUCAUGCCCACAGUAUUAUCUUCUAUUUACACUGUCGAGAUGUGGAGCGGUGAGAAACAGAAAGAAUAUGAAGAGAUAUGCACUAGCAUUAUCCUCUAUAAAACCAAGGCAGAACUCUUGAUGUCCUCUUAUUGGAGAAUGAGGGUCACCAAUCCAAAACUCUACUUUGGUUUGACCAUUUCAAUGUUGGUUUUAUUAACUUUCGUUGGAGGUACCAUCGAUAAUCUUUUGUUGACUUAUGCAGUGGUAACAUUUGGCAUAAUGCUUCCCGGAAUGAUACACCAUGGAAUGCUUAACAAGUUCACAGAAGCCUGUUCAAAAUUGUUUAAUAGCUUAGUGGAAAAUGCCAAAGCGAAGGUGGGCCCCAAGAAAUUGCAAUAGUUUAUUAUAAUAAAUUUAUUUUGUAUGUUUAAUCUUGUGUUAUAUGUGAAUAAAUAUAGUUUUAUCCUCUGUAAAGUAGGUAUUUUAAAUGUAAGACUGGUUGUAAAUCGAUUGGGGGUUUCAUGUGAUCAUAUUUGGAGUUUAUUUGUACCUGAUUUGUGUACUGAGAUUUAGAUUUAAUAAAACUAGUAAUUAUAAAAA